GUCUCUCUCUCCCAUGGUGGUUUGCCAUUUCUGGUCUCGCGCACACCACCACCACCGCGCCACCUCCGCUCUCCUCCCCAUCGGAGCUCGCACGAUGCCGCGGGGGCGUUCCAGGUGAUGCCGGUGGUGGUGGUGGUGGUGGUAGUGGCCGUGAUGCGCGGCGACGGCGGCGGGUUGAAGGGCGCGAGGGGGAGGCAGGGGCGCGGCGCCGCGGUGGCGGGGCGGUGGCGGCGGGUGGCCGUGAUCCUCCUCGCGCUGGCGUACGCGGCGUCGAUGCUCGUGGUCUUCCUGGGCGGCGGCGCCGGCGGCGUGGCGGUGGCGGGCGCGGGCGCGGGCGCGCUGCGGCAGCGUGGGGCGCCGGCGCCGGCCGGGUCGGUGUACCGCAGCCACCUCGUGUUGGACCGCCUCCUGCCGGAGCUGCGCGCCUCCUCCGCCUCCCGCCCGCACCCGCUAAUGACACCACAAAACAAAAAAUCUGGAAAACGAUGGGCUCCUUGUAUCACCAAGAAGUUGAGACGAUCAGAGUUACCACCUUCAAAUGGUUUUCUCAUAAUCGAAGCAAAUGGUGGUCUGAAUCAACAACGCAUUUCUAUCUGCGAUGCUGUUGCUGUGGCAAGCUUACUCAAUGCAACUCUUGUCACCCCAGCUUUUCAUUUGAACAGCGUGUGGCGUGAUUCUAGCAAAUUUGGUGAUAUCUUUGAUGAAGAUCACUUUAUUGGGUCGCUCAGAAAAUACAUAAGGGUUGUCAAAAAACUUCCUGAAGAUGCAUUUGUGAAUUUUGAUCACAAUAUCAGCAUGAUACCAAAUAUGAGGACCAAAGCCUUCUCAUCUGAAAGCUACUACCUACAAAAGGUGCUUCCAAAAUUGUUGGAGCUAGGGGCUGUGCGUAUUGCUCCUUUCUCAAACAGAUUGGCCCAUUCGGUUCCACCGAAUAUCCAGGCGUUGAGGUGUUUUGCUAACUAUGAGGCGUUGAGAUUUUCUGAACCCAUAAGAAUGCUUGGAACAAAUAUGGUUGACCGAAUGAUCAAGAUGAGUUCUUUAACUGGUGGGAAGUACAUUUCCGUGCACCUUCGCUUUGAAGAGGAUAUGCUAGCCUUUUCGUGCUGCAUAUAUGAUGGUGGCUGGAGGGAGAGUAUUGAAAUGGAAAAUGCUCGUGAAAGGAGUUGGAGAGGGAAGUUUCACCGACCUGGUCGAGUGAUAAAUCCUGAGGCAAAUAGGAGGAAUGGGAAGUGCCCUUUAACUCCUUUAGAGGUUGGAAUGAUGCUGCAGGGCAUGGGAUUUGGCAAUACUACCUCCCUCUAUGUUGCCUCUGGUAAAAUAUACAACGCUGAAAAGUAUAUGACUCCUCUUCGCCAGUUGUUUCCACUUUUACAGACAAAAGAUACUCUCGCUUCACCUGAGGAACUUGCACAGUUCAAGGGGCACUCAUCUAGACUGGCAGCACUGGACUACACGGUCUGUCUGCAGAGCGAAGAGUUUGUGACGACUCAAGGAAGCAACUUUCCUCAUUUUCUGAUGGGGCACAGGCGUUAUCUGUAUGGAGGAAAUGCGAAGACAAUAAAACCAGAUAAACGGAAAUUGGUUGCACUCUUUGACAACCCAAAUAUCCGAUGGGAUCGGUUCAAGCGCCAAAUGCAGGACAUACAUCGGCACAGCGAGUCGAAGGGUUUCGGAGUCAGGAAACCAAAUGGUUCCAUUUCCAUAUACACCCUCCCAAUGCCUGACUGCAUGUGUCAGCGAGCUGAACCAUGAUAUAAUACUCCAGCUAGCUAGAGCACUUAGGCAGCAAACGGCCUGGCAUUUUUGACACCUCUAAGUAGCCAGACCAUAUUGUCAGUUUGAACAGAAAUUAGGCAUCGAAAAUUUGCCUCUUCUUUUUUUCGUUUUUGUUAGCAAGAAGAGAUUACAGAUUGAGAUGCAAAUUAAGUGGUUGUUAAUAUGAAUGCAUUCCACCAUAUUUACAACUUUUGCCAGGGUAAAAACGUGCCAAUUGUAUAUAUAAAAAGGCACAUCUAUAUAUACAGAUUUUUCUUUUGUGACUGUAGGGUACAAUCAGGUGGUCAAGUAUAAUUGCAGUUCUUACCAUGAAACAAGUCUUUUUUUUC